AUGGCAAGCUCCAAGUUCAUUGGGGCUAUUCUUAUUGCUUUGUUGCUUGUGGAGGUUUCAUUUGCUGCUAGGGUUAGAAACGGAUUAUUAGGUGCAAGAGGAGGUGGUGGUGGCGGCGGCGGUGCUGGUGGAGGAGGAGGUGGUGCUCGUGGCUCUGGAUAUGGAUCAGGAUACGGGUCUGGCGGAGGAUACGGGUCUGGUUAUGGAUCCGGGUAUGGUUCUGGAUAUGGGUCGGGUAGUGGAGGAAGAGGUGGUGGUGGAGGCGGAGGAGGUGGAAGAGGUGGAGGUGGAGGAGGUGGUGGAGGCUCAAAUGGCUCUGGUUAUGGCUCUGGCUAUGGCUCUGGCGAGGGAAGUGGUUAUGGCAGUGGCGGAGGAAGAGGUGGUGGCGGUGGUGGAGGAGGAGGUGGAGGUAGCGGUGGUGGUGGUGGUAGGUAUGGAGGUUCUGGCUAUGGUAGUGGCUCUGGCUAUGGAUCAGGUUAUGGGUCAGGAUACGGCGGCGGAGGAGACGAUGACGGUGGAUUCCGCCCUUAA